AUGGUUGCUCCAAAUGGUCACAAAUCGGAUAAGAUCAAGUUAUCUUCAAGCUCAUUCGGAAAGAGGCAAAUUGUGUGCCCCAGACCCAGGAGAUCCACUUCUGGAAUUGUUUGUGCUGCCAAAGAAUUGCAUUUCAACAAAGACGGCACUACCAUUAGGAAACUUCAAGCUGGUGUCAACAAGCUUGCAGACCUAGUUGGUGUUACACUUGGACCUAAAGGACGAAAUGUUGUUCUUGAGAGCAAGUAUGGUUCACCAAGAAUUGUUAAUGAUGGUGUGACUGUUGCAAGAGAGGUUGAGUUGGAAGAUCCGGUUGAGAAUAUUGGUGCUAAGCUUGUUAGGCAAGCAGCUGCCAAGACCAAUGACCUGGCAGGUGACGGAACUACAACAUCUGUGGUUCUUGCACAAGGCUUUAUCGCUGAGGGUGUCAAGGUGGUGGCUGCUGGAGCAAACCCUGUAUUGAUCACUAGAGGUAUUGAGAAGACAGCAAAGGCUUUGGUUGCCGAGCUCAAGAAAAUGUCUAAGGAGGUUGAAGACAGCGAGCUUGCAGAUGUGGCAGCUGUUAGUGCGGGUAACAAUGAAGAAAUUGGAAGUAUGAUUGCCGAAGCAAUGAGCAGAGUGGGCAGGAAGGGUGUGGUGACCCUUGAGGAGGGUAAAAGUGCCGAGAACGCCCUCUACGUAGUAGAAGGAAUGCAGUUUGAUCGUGGUUAUAUCUCCCCUUACUUUGUCACAGACAGUGAGAAAAUGUCGGUUGAGUUCGACAACUGCAAGGUAAAUGCUUCUUGA